UAUUAUUUUGCAUUACUGAUUGCUGGCAUGGCCGAUCCAAAUGGCGAUGUGGCGGCAACAGUAGCAACUGUGGACGACGUGGACAUGGAGGUCGGCACCCCAGCAGGAAUCGCGGAACGCGCGCAACGAAGCAUCAACCCCCCAGGUGUGCCUCCAUCCUUCCGCCGCGCCGGACGAUCCACCAAUAUCGCUCGCACAAUCAUGUCGCGCGAACUCGGGCAUGGCCGCCGAUACGCCUUCCACGACGAAGCCAUGUGGAUCGAGAACGAGUCGGCCACCAAGCACGUCUGUGAGUAUUUUGACAUGCCCUCCACGACGCGGUCCGCCAUCUCGAUUGCAUUCUCCCCCGACGGGAAGACCUUUGCUUCCACGCAUGGCGAUCACACGGUCAAGAUCGUUUGCUUUGCCACCGGUCGCAUCCUUCAAACCUUGGUUGGACACCCUCGGACGCCAUGGAGCGUCAAAUUCCACCCCACAAACCCCCGCUACGUCGCGUCGGGGUGCCUAGGCUACCAAAUCCGGUUCUGGGACGUGGUCACUGGCAAAUGCCUGUACGAAGCCACGCUGCGCCACGCCAUUAUCUCAGUGUCCUUCCAUCCAUGUGGGACCGUCCUCGGCAUCGCCAGCGGCACCUGUGUUUACACAUGGGACUACCAGCAGCACUCGAUCCCGCGCAUUGCCAUGUUCAGCAACCAGACGCUGCGCUCCGUGUCGUUUUUGCCCGACCCGACCAAGAUCCUCGUCGGCGAAGCCAACGAAAAGUACACGCGCCCGCUUGGCACCGUGCCGUCCGACUUGACUGUGACACUGACGCUGUGGGAAUUUGACCUGGCGUGGUCCGUGGCGUCGGAACCGUCCACGUCCAAAGCCAUGUAUUCGCCACAUGUGCUGCUGACCCACGCGUUGCUGUACAACGACGGCGGGUUUGACGUGUCCAAGUGUGGGCAGUACCUGGCUGUGUGCACCGAUUUCAGCUUGUGGCAGGCGGAACAAGACAUUCCUCUGGCUUACCCCGACUCGUCUACGCAAAACAGCGAUGCCGAGGGCAAUACCCCCCCCAGUGGCUUUCCUCACGUGUCGUCGAACCCACUGCCCUCGCGCUCUGUCUACUUUGUCCCAGACUGGCCUUCUCUCAACACCACGGCGCCCAACCUGCCUCCACGCAGGCGGGCUUUAGUGACGGACCUCCCGCCCAACGACGCGGCGGCGCGACGCAUUCGACAGCGACUUGUCGAAGUCCCGCCGCCGCCGCCGCCAUCCCUCACGUCCCUGUCACAUGCGCGCCAUGCUCCGACGUCAAACCAUCCCUUGAUGCCGGCGGUUGUUGGAACGGCCGACGGCACCCCCCAAGCCGCUGCCCCCUGUCGCAUGGCUCAACUUCGCCCCAACAUUGCAAGCUCGUUCAAUCGUACGUCCAACGACCAGCGCCUCGCCCGAGGCCGCCUUGCUGUGGAGCAUCAGUCGACGUGGCUGGCGCUGCUUUCGCUCGCCCCCGAUAAGACGCUGGGCACGGUGGUGCAGACGGCGCUACUGGCGGAAACCGCUGCGGGGGGCGUCACAUCCGUCAAGUUUAGUCCCAGUGGAGCGUACGUGCUGCUGGGGUACGGGGUACGCGAUCGCAUUCAACGAAUCAACCAAUUUCCCCUGCAUCGCGUCACCCGUAUGUACCGAUGGGAAGACAUGAGUCUGGUGAGCCACGUUGAGUCGGACGCGGACGACGUCAACAUUGCGCUGUUCCAUCCCCUUCCCGGCGGGGGCUUCCUCUACGGCACCAAGCAAGGCCGCGUGCGUCUCUGCCGGCCAUGGCGCGGCGCCUUUGACGACCCCCGCAACGAAAACACGCUCAAAGAGUCGCUCGACCUACACGCGUUGUUUGCCACGUCGCCCGUGUCACAUUUUGGACAGUCGCGUGGCCAUUAACAAUCGGCAAUGAAUUUGCGUCGCGUGUCGGAGUACCAUGUCACAGACGCGUGAGAUGCUGGGUGUACUGGCUCAUCCAGGCGGCAUUGUGUUGGUUUCUGGGGCGUCUAGAUUCUGG